GAAGGAGCAGUAUCGUCGCCGCAGGAGAGAGCAGGAGAGAUAGAGUGGAGAGACAGACUGUGGAGAAGACGCAAAGCCUCAUCUCUGCCUGGAGAUGAAACAGACUUUUAUCUCACACUGAACCCGCGGAUUUCACUUGGUGCAGCCAUGUAUUUCGGUAACGUGUGCCACAGCGUUCUGACGCCGCUAUCUCGUCCCACGUUGGGCAGGACCCAGACCUCCCCUGACGCGAAACCCCUCCUCCCCUUCCACCUGCUGCCUGGAUUCACUGAUAUGGAUCACGUCCAUAAAGCUCUGAUUGGCCCAAGCUUCGGGCUAACCUCACCGCUGAAGAGGAAGGCCAGCUCCUGUGGAGUCUGCCGACUGAGGUUCAACUCUGAGGCGCAGGCUUCUUCCCAUUACAGUGGCACCAAACAUGCGAAAAAGCUGAAAGCUUGGGACACCCCAGAUUCAAAGAUCAGGACCUCUGAACCGGUCGCUAAGGAAACCACAUCGCAAAUCCUCUCAUCACCCUGCUCACAGCCCUCCAGCUCUGACACAACAUCAGGAGAACCAUCAGCCUCAAACCCUACCUCAGAGGCGGCAUCGUCGAGCAGCGGCCACUCUGAAACCGUGAAAGCACCGUCUGACCCGUCCCUGUCACCCAGCCCGAAGCCACCAGAGAGAGAGACACAAAGAGACGGAGAAGUGGAGGUGGCUCCAGAGGGGGAAACAGAAGAAGAGAAAGCUAUACGUCUUCUUUACUGCUCCCUCUGCAAGGUGGCUGUCAACUCUGCCUCGCAGCUGCAGGCCCACAACAGUGGCACUAAGCACAAGACAAUGCUGGAGGCGAGGAGCGGUGAUGGAGCCAUCAAGUCCUUCCCAAGGACGGGGGUCAAGGCCAAGUCGGCCGCGCCGCCUGAGUUGUCGACAGGACUCCAGAACAAAACUUUCCAUUGUGAGAUCUGCGAUGUGCACGUCAACUCCGAGACUCAGCUUAAACAACAUAUCAGCAGUCGGAGACACAAAGAUAGAGCAGCAGGUAAACCAGCCAAGCCUAAGUUCAGCCCUUACACUCCCACCCAGCGUCACCAGAGUUUCCAGGCAAUUCAUCUGGCUCUACAGAAGAACCAAGAUCUGACCAAACCUCUGGCCCCGUGUCUCCUGCAGCGUCAACUCUCCAUUGCCGCAGCCAUGGCAACGCUGCCUUCCUUCUCCCUCCGUCCUCCUUCAAACUCGAACCCGGCCAUGUUUCAGAGCCAGCCCCUCCCUCAGGCACUGCUGCAUCCGGCCCCCGGACCCAUCUGUUCAACACAUACACCGGUUCUAUUUUCCCCCUACUGACCUCAUUGACGUCUCAAUCAGCUCUGAACGACAGUUAAAAGCAGACCUGAGAACAAGAUGUGAUAUGAGUACUGUACUCCACGUAAGUGUGAGUGUCAAGGACCAGGACUGAUGAUUAUUUUCCAGGGGACCAUGAGUCCGGUUGGGAUGGACAAAGUACAAAGCAGCAAAUGAACAAAGUGUUUUUUGAUGUGAGUGUGGUUGUGUAUGUGUGUGUGAAGGUGUGCGAGCGCAUGCACAGAUAUAGCCAUCACAGAAGUACAACUUUGUACAACAUGUUUGCUGCACUACUGCAACGUUCAUCCAGUAAGAAACAUAUGACAAUCAAGAAAGUGGAUAGUUUAUUUCAGUAUGAUAAAGAUGCAUCAUGGUGAACUUCCAUGAUGACUAUAACUGUGUGUGUUUGUGUGUGCAGAUAUGCAUAUAAGUAUGAAUGUCAAUCAGAGCAUGCUUGACUAAAGAUGUUUAUUAUUUUCCAAUAAACAAUAGCUGUGGACACUCA